AGUCGAACGUAGUGCAGUUGGCAUUGAAGGACCCAGACGCUUUACGAGAAAUGAGCUGUAGUGACAUCAGUAUUGGUGUGACGCAUUAUAAUUGAAUGAUAGUGUCUAGAAAGGGUAUGUCCCUUCAGGAGAGAGGUGCCAAUGUCCAACCGGCCUAAUAACAAUCCAGGGGGGUCGCUGCGACGAUCACAGAGGAACACUGCCGGGGCCCAGCCGCAAGACGACACUGCAGUGGGAAGGUCACAGUCAGAGCAGGUGAAACGCAAGGCAGAUUGCCUUUUUGAAACAAGAAAACUUAUUUCCAAGACACCAAAAGUGCAGUCCAACUCUUCUGGGCAGUCCAAAGGGCACAUUUCCACAAGGUGUUGUAGCUCUUCAUCUGUGGCUCAGGUAACCCAGCAAGAAGACCCUGAAAAGUCUGGAACAUCUGAAAGACAAAAAGCAGGGCAAGGGCCCAAAAGGGACAGUUCCCGAGCUGUGAAACGCAGUACUAGCCCAGAGUACAGUAACACUGACUCUUUCAGCCCUUCAAAAAAACCUAAAGCACUUCAGCACACUGAGACUUUCUCAGAAGUGAGUAACACACAAACAAAAGCCAAUAAAAGACACUUUGUUCACGACCAGCAACCAAAAUCUUUGCAACUACCAUCAACUAGUAAAACUCACAGUAGAAAGGGUGGCUCCACUUGUGACUCUCCAAGUCAGAAAAGGAGAAGAAUAUAUACUGUUUCUGAUAGCUUUAAGAAGGACUUCACAGCUGAUUCAGCAGGUGCCGAAGAUAAGUCCGUGAAAUCCACCAAGCUGGCUUCAAAAUCAGCGACCUCAGCCAAAGCUGGGUGUAGCACUAUCACAGAUUCUUCUUCUUCAGCUUCUACUUCCUCUUCCUCAUCUACCAUUGCACCUGCAUCUCAGGGAGCCAGGGUGAAACAAGGGAAAGAUCAGAGCAAAAACAGACGGUCCCGUUCUGCAUCCAGCCCCAGUCCCCGAAGGAGCAGUAGGGAGAAAGAGCAAAGCAAAACUGGUGGCUCCUCCAGAUUUGAUUGGGCUGCUCGAUUCAGUCCAAAAGUUAGCCUCCCUAAAGCAAAACUGUCUCUUCCAGAAUCUUCCAAGUGUGAAACUUCAAAACCUGGGCCUUCUGGAUUGCAUGCUAAACUUGCAAGUUUAAGAAAGUCAAAGAAACGUAGUGAGUCACCACCAGCGGAGCUCCCCAGCUUGCGGCGGAGCACACGCCAAAAGACCACGGGCUCCUGUGCUAGUACCAGUCGGCGAGGCUCUGGCCUGGGCAAAAGAGGAGCAGCUGAAGCUCGCCGACAGGAAAAAAUGGCAGAUCCUGAUAACAACCAGGAUGGAGGCAACUCUUCAGCUGCACGCACAGAUGAAUCCUCUCAAGGAGCAGCAGCUUCGAGUUCUGUUGCUGGAGCUGUUGGAAUGACAACCUCUGGAGAAAGUGAGUCCGAUGAUUCUGAGAUGGGCAGAUUGCAAGCCCUCUUGGAAGCCCGAGGCCUUCCUCCUCAUCUUUUUGGCCCUCUUGGUCCACGAAUGUCUCAGCUUUUCCAUAGAACAAUUGGAAGUGGAGCUAGUUCUAAAGCCCAGCAGCUACUUCAGGGUUUACAGGCAACAGAUGAGAGUCAGCAGCUUCAAUCCGUUAUUGAAAUGUGUCAGCUGCUGGUGAUGGGAAAUGAAGAGACACUUGGAGGAUUUCCAGUCAAGAGUGUUGUUCCUGCUUUGAUAACAUUGCUACAAAUGGAGCACAAUUUUGACAUUAUGAAUCAUGCUUGCAGAGCCCUGACAUACAUGAUGGAAGCACUUCCCAGGUCUUCUGCUGUGGUGGUCGAUGCCAUUCCUGUCUUCUUAGAGAAGCUGCAAGUUAUCCAGUGUAUUGAUGUGGCAGAACAAGCAUUAACUGCUCUGGAAAUGUUGUCCCGAAGACACAGCAAAGCAAUUCUACAGGCCGGAGGACUGGCAGACUGUUUGCUGUUUCUUGAAUUCUUCAGCAUCAAUGCUCAAAGAAAUGCAUUAGCUAUUGCUGCCAAUUGUUGCCAGAGUAUUACUCCAGAUGAGUUUCAUUUUGUUUCUGAUUCGCUGCCUCUGCUCACACAGAGAUUAACUCAUCAGGAUAAAAAGUCUGUUGAAAGCACUUGCCUUUGUUUUGCACGACUGGUAGACAACUUCCAGCAUGAAGAGAACUUGUUACAGCAGGUUGCAUCCAAGGACUUGCUCACAAAUAUCCAGCAACUUCUUGUCGUCACUCCUCCAAUCUUGAGUUCAGGCAUGUUCAUAAUGGUGGUACGCAUGUUUUCUUUGAUGUGCUCCAAUUGCCCUGCACUGGCUGUACAGCUUAUGAAACAGAAUAUUGCAGAAACACUGAGAUUUCUACUUUGUGGAGCUUCAAAUGGCAGUUGUCAGGAACAAAUUGAGCUAAUUCCUCGGAGCCCACAAGAGCUUUAUGAGCUUACGUCUCUCAUUUGUGAACUCAUGCCAUGCUUACCAAAGGAGGGAAUAUUUUCAGUUGAUACCAUGCUGAAAAAAGGAAAUAGUCAAAAUGCAGAUGGUGCACUGUGGCAGUGGAGAGACGACCGAGGGCUUUGGCAUCCAUACAACAGAAUUGACAGCCGAAUAAUUGAGGCAGCACAUCAGGCUGGAGAAGAUGAGAUCAGCUUAUCUACUUUGGGGCGUGUGUAUACUAUUGAUUUUAAUUCUAUGCAGCAAAUAAAUGAAGACACAGGGACAGCACGUGCUAUUCAGAGAAAGCCUAAUCCCUUAGCUUGCAAUAACACUAGUGGGUAUACUGAAAUCAAGAAAGAUGAUGCCAGAGCCCAGCUAAUGAAGGAAGACCCAGACCUAGCUAAAUCUUUUAUAAAGACAUUGUUUGGCGUUCUGUAUGAAGUAUAUAGUAGCUCUGCUGGACCUGCUGUCAGACACAAGUGCCUUAGAGCGAUCCUUAGAAUAAUUUAUUUUGCUGAUGCUGAACUUUUGAAAGACGUUUUAAGAAACCAUGCUGUUUCUAGCCACAUUGCUUCAAUGCUGUCAAGUCAGGAUCUUAAGAUAGUUGUUGGAGCUCUUCAAAUGGCAGAUAUUUUAAUGCAGAAGUUACCUGAUAUUUUUGGCGUUUACUUCAGAAGAGAAGGUGUGAUGCACCAGGUGAAGAAUCUGGCAGAAUCAGAAACAUUAUUGACAAGUCCACCUAAAACAUGCACAAGUGGCUCAACCACUUUAGGGACAACCUCUACUAUAAGCACUACAGUGGUCACUACAGCAAGCAGUGUGACAGCAGAUUUAGGCUCUCCAAGCUUCCAGCACAGUAUGGAUGAAUCAAUAGACCUGAGUCCACAAGGGCGCUUAAGUGAUGUCUUAAAGAGGAAAAGACUGCCAAAACGUACACCAAGAAGGCCAAAGUAUUCUCCACCCACAGACGAAGAAAAGAUUGACAAUCAAGCCAAGAGUCCGACAGCUACCCAAUCUCCAAAAUCUUCCUUUCUGGCAAGCUUGAAUCCUAAAACGUGGGGGAGACUAAGUACACAAUCCAACAGCAACAGUGUAGAACCAGCACGUACAGCAGGAGUCAGUGGUCUUACAAGGAUUGCCCAGAAAGAUACUGUAUCUAAUAACAGAGAUAAGAUUAGAGCUUGGAUAAAGGAGCAAGCUAGUAAAUUUGUGGAACGGUAUUUUAGUUCUGAGAAUAUUGAUGCAAGCAAUCCUGCACUGAAUGUAUUACAGAGACUUUGCACUGCUACUGAACAGCUCAGCCUCCAGAUGGAUGGUGGAGUAGAGUGCCUUGUAGAAAUUCGUAGCAUAGUUUCGGAAUCGGAUGUUUCUUCAUUUGAAAUCCAGCACAGUGGGUUUGUAAAGCAACUCUUGCUUUACUUGACAUCCAGAAAUGAUAAAGACCUCGUCAGCAGGGAUGUCCGAUUAAGGCGAUUUCUUCAUGUUUUUUUUGGGUGUCCUGUACCUGGAGAAGACUAUAUUGGAAGACUAGAACCAUUAGAAAAUGGUCCCCUAUUGGCACUAGUGCACAAAAUGAACAAUUGUCUUAGUCAGAUGGAGCAGUUUCCAGUGAAGGUUCAUGAUUUCCCUAGUGGCAAUGGCACUGGUAGCAGAUUUUUCCCUCUUACAUGUACUCCUGUCUCUCUGUAUAAGGGAUCCCAAGCUCUUAAGUUUUUUAACACUCACCAAUUAAAAUGUCAGCUGCAAAGACAUCCAGACUGCACUAAUGUUAAACAGUGGAAAGGUGGCCCUGUGAAGAUUGACCCAUUAGCUUUGGUACAAGCCAUUGAAAGAUACCUUGUUGUAAGAGGAUAUGGCAGAGUAAGGGAAGAUGAUGAAGAUAGCGAUGAUGAUGGGUCAGAUGAUGAGAUUGAUGAGUCUUUAGCUGCUCAGUUUUUAAAUUCAGGAAAUGUGAGACAUAGGCUACAGUUUUAUAUUGGCGAUCAUUUGCUUCCUUACAACAUGACUGUGUAUCAAGCUGUAAGGCAGUACAGUUUACAAGCUGAAGAAGAAAGAGAGUCAACAGAUGAUGAAAGCAACCCUUUAGGAAGAGCUGGAAUCUGGACGAAAACCCAUACAAUUUGGUAUAAACCUGUACGAGAGGAUGAAGAUAGCAACAAAGAUACGGUUGGUGGUAAGAGAGGGAGGGCACAGACAGCCCCAACAAAGAUCUCCCCUAGGAAUAUAAAGAAGCAUGAUGAGUUGUGGCAUGAUGGCACUUGUCCUGUUGUUUUGAAUCCUUUAGAAGGCUACCUCUUAUCAGUCCCACCUGAAAACAUAACCUUUGAAGACCCAUCCCUAGAUGUGAUUCUUCUUUUGAGAGUUUUACAUGCCAUCAGUCGAUACUGGUAUUAUUUAUAUGAUAAUGCUGUUUGUAAAGAAAUUAUUCCAAGUGGUGAGUUUAUCAACAGUAAACUAACAGCUAAAGCAAAUCGACAGCUGCAAGAUCCUCUGGUUAUCAUGACAGGGAAUAUACCAGCAUGGCUAACGGAACUUGGAAAAUCAUGUCCCUUUUUCUUUCCAUUUGACACACGGCAAAUGCUUUUUUAUGUAACUGCAUUUGACCGAGAUAGAGCAAUGCAGAGAUUACUUGACACCAACCCUGAAAUUAACCAGUCUGACUCUCAGGACAGCAGAGUUGCACCACGUCUAGACAGGAAAAAGCGCACUGUGAAAAGGGAAGAGCUGUUGAAACAAGCUGAAUCCGUGAUGCAGGAUCUAGGCAGUUCAAGAGCAAUGUUGGAGAUUCAGUAUGAAAAUGAAGUUGGAACAGGUCUUGGGCCUACACAAGAGUUUUAUGCACUAGUUUCUCAAGAGCUACAAAGAUCAGAUCUGGGCUUGUGGAGAGGCGAGGAAAUUGUCUUACCAAACCCUAAAGGAAGCAAUGAAGGGACCAAAUAUAUUCAUAAUCCUCAAGGCCUGUUUGCACUUCCCUUUGGAAGAACAGCGAAACCAGCACACAUUGCAAAAGUAAAAAUGAAAUUUCGCUUUUUGGGCAAGUUACUGGCUAAGGCCAUCAUGGAUUUUAGACUGUUGGAUCUUCCUCUUGGCUUGUCUUUCUACAAGUGGAUGCUACGGCAAGAGUUGUCUUUUAACUCUCAUGACCUCUUUAACAUUGACCCAGUGAUAGCCAAGUCUGUUCGUCAUCUUGAAGAUAUUGUAAGGCAAAAGAAGAAACUGGAAAAGGACAAGUCAUUGUCAAAAGAUUCACUGAAGCAGGCCUUAGAAGUCCUGAACAUGAAUGGCUGCUCAGUGGAAGAUCUAGGACUGGAUUAUACUCUUCCUGGUUUCCCAAACAUUGAACUCAAGAAGGGAGGAAAAGACAUCUGUGUAACAAUUGACAACUUAGAAGAAUAUGUUCGAUUGGUAGUGCACUGGACAUUGAAUGAAGGCGUUGCCAGACAGUUUGAAUCAUUUAGAGAUGGCUUUGAAUCUGUCUUCCCUCUUCAUCAUCUGCAGUAUUUCUAUCCAGAAGAGCUGGAUCAGCUGCUAUGUGGAAGUAAAUCAGAGGCUUGGGAUGUGAAGACUUUGAUGGAAUGCUGCAGACCAGAUCAUGGCUAUACCCAUGACAGUCGUGCUGUGAAGUUUCUCUUCGAAAUUCUCAGUAGUUUUAAUGCUGAGCAGCAGAGGUUGUUUCUUCAGUUUGUUACUGGUAGUCCCAGACUUCCUGUGGGAGGCUUUCGAAGUUUGAAUCCUCCUCUCACAAUUGUUCGCAAGACAUUUGAAUCUUCAGAAAACCCAGAUGACUUUUUGCCAUCAGUAAUGACUUGUGUGAACUAUCUAAAACUGCCAGACUACUCAAGUAUUGACAUAAUGAGAGAAAAACUGUUGAUAGCUGCAAGAGAAGGACAGCAGUCGUUUCAUCUCUCCUGAUGAGAGCAAAAAAUACAGCUAUUGCGUGUUAAAACAAAGAAAUGGACUUAUUUUCUAAUGUAUCACCUGCAUCAAGGCAGGUACAGCCUUCUUUUUGUGAAACUGCUCACAGACUAUGAAAGAAGAAAGGAAGAAAAAAAGCUUGUUGCUGUUAAGUGACCCUGUGGACAUCAAAAAGAAAGAAAGAAUUCAGGCCCUGCAAGAUGUUGUAAGACUCAAAGUUUAUUUGUUAAAUUAUAAUUUCUUUGAAGAGUGAAGUUUUUAACUUGCUUUGCUGUGCGAUAUUUAAAAAAGCAGAAAGGGAUGUUUUUCCAGGCCGGUGGAACAAUAAAUGUCACUGUGCAGUUUAAUACUGGGGUAUAUGUAUCCAUCAAGCACACUUUCAUUUGGUUUUGCUCCAAAGACAGUUUUGUACAUAAAGUACAUAAAUUGCAAACUCAGCAGUAUGGACGUCAUUUUAGUUUUGUGUGUUCUUUCACGCAUCUUUUUUCCCUUAUUCUUUAUUCCUACCAUGCCAUUAUUCUUUGUACUGUCUCGUUCGUUCACAUCCAUUUUGUGUGAUAUAAUUUUGGGGUUUUGCAUUGUAUCUAAUGCUUACAGAAGAGCAGAGAAUUGUUACAGGUGGUAAACACUAGCAUCUGAGUGCCCCCCCCCCCCCACACCCACACACACACACACACACGCACCCUUUUCUUUUAAAACAAUGAAAUGCACACAUUGUCUUCUAUAAUUAAACUGUUUGCUUACUACUAGGUAGUUUCACCAAAUGUUUCAUUUUCAAAACAGUAACUCACCUAAUAAAUCUCUUCAAUACUGUAAUUGUUUACAGAAUUAUUUCUUACAAUUUGUGGGUCCUUGGCCAUUGCUGGGAAAUCUCUUUAUAGCUGAACUUCAGAAUUAUACUUGACAGUGCUAUUAUAUGACUAAGAAUUGUCUAAAGUGGCUACAGUUUAAAAUUUUAUUUUAAGUCCCUGUUACAGUGAAACUACAUUUGUUUUUGUUUUUUUUUUUGUUUGUUUUUUUUUUUUUGCUUUUGUUAAUUUUAUACUGAACUGUUAGCUUCAAAACAACAAUUGAGCUCUCCUGACAUAGAAUUCACCUGUAAGAAAUGCUCUGUGCAACUGUUUCAUGUUCUGGUAUCUCAGAUCUGCAAUAAUUUCUGCAUUGGGUUCAUGUUUUUACCUGAAUAUAAAUAAAAACUGUUUGCCUCAUAUCUUUGUUCAUAGUUUUGUAUAAUUGCCAAUUAAAAUGUAAAGCGUGUUUAAUUUUAUUGCAGGAAUGCACAGAUGUAUGUUAGUGGUAAAACAUGUACAGCCAGUUCAGGAUGAUAUUUGAAAUUUAGCCACAAAGAAAAUAAAGUUUGAUUAGGCUGACUUUUUCCAUAAA